ACAUUAGUUGUUUCACUCACUGUUGUCAGAAAUGCAACCGAAUUCACUGUGUUUACUGUGCCUUUAAGGCACUCUGACGUAUUUAGUAUAGUUGAAUACAAUUGGCUGGCCGACAUCCGCAUGUUUUGUGGUAACUGUCUACGGGAAGUAUCCUAGGGAAGCAUGGCAGGAGAACCGUGGAACAGGGUAAACAUUGCUUUUCCCGGUGCUGUUUCUAGUGUCCGUGUACAUUUCAGCUCAACUACAGAUGCAAGUGUUAGAGCCCUGCUUGUGGAAAAUGACAAGGUGCUUAAGCUAAUUCGGAGUGAGAUUCUUCAAACGGAGGUACGAGUUCUCUACGAGCUGCUGUACUUCCUCAACAACAGCUCCAGAGGCAACAAGACGUUCAAAGGGUUAAAGCAGGUUGAACAAUGCUUAAACAGGCUGAAGAGCAUGAAGCUUGAUGUUGCUCUUCAGGAGCUGACAGAGCUGUGUCCCAAAAGAAUUCAAAGAGGACUGAGCAUCAAGGCUGGUGAGUGUGAUGUCCCCAGUCAACCCAUGCUGGAGUGGCUCAGUCUCAAAGUGCUUGGAGCCGCCCAGCUGAUGAGCUGCACAUUGAAUCGCUGCAGCAGAGCUUUCGUACUGGCAAAGCAGCAGAUGAAAUGGGAAGAGUUUGUUAUCUUGAAUAUGGUGAUAACCAGCAUGCUCAGUCGUCUCUGGGUGAUUGUCCGUGGUAUCCUGGUCAGCCUGUCCACUCUGUACCAGCAGCUCCUGGAGCUCCUCACACAGGUAGCCAGCGCCCAGCCCAUGCCCUUCCUCACAGACUUCUCCCUGCCAGCAAAUAUGGCCCAGUUCCUGGCUCCUUCUGAUGCACAUUUACUGACCAAAAAGCCACCACGCGGUGCCCUCGCCAAAGGUCCAAGGCACAAGCAGCAGAGCAAGAAGAAAUCUUCUGUCAAAGGGAAGGACCAGGGAGCGUCAAGGGAGGUUAAAGAAGACCUGGGUGUUGCUGUUGAAAGAGUUACCGGUCUUGAUGCUGACUUGAAGCCUUUUCUCAAGGUUGUCAGGGACUUUUCUGAGGUUAAAUCCCUCCUACAGAAAACAUAUAAGGAUGACACGACACAAAAGUUCAAGAAACAAGUAAGGGAGGCUGCUACGUUCACAGACAUGGCGGCCCAUCUGGAAGAAAUGAUCCCAUGGUGCAAAUCCCAGAAGAUGGAAAAGGAAAAACGUCUUCUGAGCUUCUUACAUUUAAAGUGCCAAAGGAUGAAAUGCUUAGAGGCCGCCGGUUACAAGGUCCAGAGGAGGUUGCGGACCUUCAGACAGGAAGCUUGCUGGGCUUCAUCUCCUCGCGGCUCAGUGCCAGCAACCUGUCGGGCUGCUGCUGCAACCAGGAGACCUGCUCGCCUGACAACUCGUUUGCAGAAACUCAGAAAUCCAUUUAAGUCUUCAACGGUAGGAACUCGUGCACCACAGAAGCAGCUGAAGAGACAAAGACAGAGGACUGAGUUAUCAGUGUCCCGACUUUCAGGGGACAACCUAAAAACCCGGACUACAAACGAGGCAACAUCUACUCAGACCUCCGGCUGUGACCGCCAGGAUGACAUAGAUGAUAUAUUUGCCUCUGUAGGUUUGUGAGACUUUGAAAUUGAACACAUCCAAUGAAACAACCUGCUGUAUGUAGCUGAGCUCAGGAUUUGACAGAUUCCUCUGUUUUGAUUGGAAAUUGACGUGUAGUGAAAACUAAUGGUUGGUCAUUGUAUGUAUGUAAUGAAGUGCUAAACAGCAGCAGUUACUUUUAAAGCAGAAAGUAACCAAAGGGGAUGACUUUUUUUGGAGGGGGGGCUUUUUAGUCUGUAUUGGAUAGGACAGUAUAGACACACAAGAAAUGAGAGAGCAGAGGGGUGUGGCAUGCAGCAAAGGUACCAGGCUGGAAUUGAACCAGGGACAUUGCAGUUUGUCUAUCAGGACACCAAGGGGAUGACAUACCAGUGGGGUGAUGUAUUUUACAUUUUCUGUUUCUUGAUGACUGAAUGUGGAAUUUUAAAAGUUUUCAUGGCUACAAUCUGCACUGCCGUUUCCUGUUUGACUUUUAGCUAUAGCAUUAUUGGCAAAUGUUGAUUCAAUUCUUAUUCUGUGUUUUAGGGACUGAAUAAUAGUUUUUUUUUUUUUUUUUUUAAAGAUUAUUUUUUGGCGCUCUACCAACUGAGCUGCCCGGGCGCCCAAAUAAUAAGGUAUAUAAACAUUUUAAAUGGGAAAACUUCAGAGCGGGCAAAUCAUGGAGCAUUGAAUGCUUUUUUGCACAUAAAUACUGUAAAAGCCAUCAUUUAUAUAGAUGUUUUAAAGUGUGUCUGCUACAAAAAAUGAGCACAAAAACUAUCAAAUGGGACACUUGGUAUCUCAAGAAUCAUAAAAUCACACAUGCAAGGAUUUUCCAUAUUUUGACAAUGCAUAGACUGUCAAGUACAGAAAAGUAACUUUUGUUCCUUUUCUCUUGUCACAUAUAUAGCACAUAUGUGAGUCUUUCUUUGCCAGACCUUCCUCCACAGAGCUGUGGAGGAAGGUCUGGCUAGUCCACACAGCAUUCCAGGAUGGGGAAAAAAAACGUGCUCUGGUUUAUUAGCAUUUCUUCAAACCACUCUCAUUCUUCAUUGGCGAUGCUAAACAUAGGACAGAGUUUUAGUCCUUCUGCAAAAUAACCUCAGGGGGAAACUUGUUUUGGUGGAACGUGUACAUUGAAAGGUUGUUUGUCGUGCAGCAGAAAACUAAGAUUGGCAGAUAGUCUAGCUAGCUGUCUGAAUUUACCCUGCAGAGAUCUAAGGACCAGUUAACCAUAGUCCUCAUGAAUCCAGCUGAGUUCAAGUU